AUGGCAGAAUCGAAUAAUGGCCAACGCGGGGCUCUCAUCGUCGUCGAAGGCUUGGACCGAGCUGGCAAAUCAAGCCAGUGCGAAAUUCUACGCAACUCACUGCAGGAAUCAGGCCGUUCGGUGAAAUACAUUCGGUUUCCAGACCGGACCACGCCUAUCGGGCAGUUGAUAGACGGUUACUUACGCGGCCAGUCGCAGUUGGAUGACCACUCAAUUCAUCUUCUCUUCUCUGCUAACCGCUGGGAAAUUUCCAAGAAUAUCGAGAUGAAUAUUUCCCGCGGAGUCACCGUUAUUGUGGAUCGCUAUUCAUACUCCGGGGCCGUCUACUCGGCUGCAAAGGCCAACCCGAGUCUGCCGCUGGAGUGGGCGUGGCAGCCAGAAGUCGGAUUACCUCGCCCUGAUAUCUGCCUUUUCCUCCGCAUCUCUCCCGAAGAGGCUGCAAAACGCGGUGGAUUUGGCGUCGAGCGAUAUGAGAACGAACCGAUGCAGAAUCGCGUGCGCGAACUGUUUCAGACUCUUUUCGACUUGCAAAAGAAUGACGGGAUCCAUACCAUCGAUGCUGGAAGAUCAUUUGAUGAGGUAACACGAGACAUCUUGAAGAUUGUGGAGGAGUGCAUCUUGCACCUGAAUACCAUCGGACCUCUGAGGAAAAUCGGACCUAUCGCCGUUUGA